AUUGUUGUAAAUGAGAUAACAGUGAAAUAAAACGGUGCACGUUCAGGUUGGUGUUGAAUUUUAGCAUGCAGUCACCGGUGGACGAUGCUCUCUUCAGACAGCAGCUCACUCGGUUACCACUUCUAUCAGACUCUAGCCACGACACUUUGACGCCCCGAAGUGAACUGGUCGCUCUCCUGUAAACAUUAAGGUAGCUGAGAGAAGGUGAAACCUCUUCUGACAACUUCUUGGACACCAUGGCCCCACACCCGGUGGUCCAGGCCGUCAUUGACCUCUCUGCAGGAGCCAUUGGGGGAGCUGCAUGUGUCUUUAGUGGGCAGCCUCUGGACACAACAAAGGUCAAGAUGCAGACCUUUCCCAAGCUGUACCGUGGUUUCCUCCACUGCAUCACGUCCACCUACAAACAAGUGGGCCUACGCGGUCUCUACCAAGGCACCUCGCCGGCACUGAUGGCCAACAUCGCUGAGAACUCUGUGCUCUUCAUGAGCUAUGGCUUCUGCCAGCAGGUGGUCCGCAUCACAUCUGGACUGCACAGUGAAGCUGUGCUGAGUGACAUGCAGAAAGCCUGCGCCGGCUCUGUAGCAUCCAUUUUCUCCUCGCUGGUACUCUGCCCCACUGAGCUUGUCAAGUGUCGCCUGCAAGCCAUGUAUGAAAUGGAAGCAUCAGGCAAGAUCGCUAAGAGCCAGAACACAGUGUGGUCUGUGGUGAAAUCAAUCAUGAGGAACGAGGGACCGCAGGGCUUCUUCCAAGGCCUGACCACCACCAUAGCCAGAGAGGUCCCUGGUUACUUCUGCUUCUUCGGUGCCUAUGAGCUCUGCCGCACUACCUUCGCUGACUACAUGAAGUGUGAAAAAGAUGACAUAGGUGUGGCUCCGAUCGUGUUCAGCGGUGGGUUUGGAGGAGCGUGCCUGUGGCUGGUCGUCUAUCCUAUGGACUGUGUCAAGUCUCGGAUCCAGGUCAUGUCUAUGACAGGAAAACAGUCAGGCUUUUUCAAAACCUUCAUGACCAUCGCACGCACUGAAGGUGUGAGAGCACUCUACUCUGGUCUCACCCCCACCAUGAUCCGCACAUUCCCUGCCAAUGGAGCACUGUUCCUGGGUUACGAGGCCAGCCGUAAACUCAUGAUGAAGCAGUUUGACAGCUAAAA